AUGCCACAAGAGGUCGCCUCCGGUGGUGGCUCUACGCGGUCCAAACCGGCGACCCGCUCCUCCAUCCGCCAAUCAUUCGGGCUCUCCUCGAUGAGCAAGGCCCUCGCGGACGCGCUGCACAAGGACAAGGAGAGCGAGAAGGAGCGCGAGAAGCUGGCGAAGAAGAAAGAUACGUCCCACCGCCGUUCCAGCACCAUCAACCUCGCCCCCGCCCCCGCGACUAUCUCGUCGUCCCGGCGGAAGGAGAACUCGCACCUCACUGAAGACAGCUCCGACGCGAAGACCAUCACCCGCCACUCCCGGCGACAGUCUGCCCUGCGCAAGCUCGCGGGCCAGGAUGAAGCCCCGGCCCCCUCGCCGUCGUCGUCGCCGUCCGACAGCGCGAGCCCGCCCAAGGCGAGCAUCAGCGCCCGCUCUGGCAGCGGCUCCGUGCGCCAGCGAAGCGGGCUCACGUCUUCCAGCCUGCCCAAGUACAAGCCCAAGGACCGGCCGCGUUCGAUGUUAGGUGGGGAGGUGAUCGUGGCGCCCAAGGCGCCGUCGCCGACGCACCAGGCCCGGCGCAGGCGCACGAGCAGCUCGGACGACGAGACGGACGAGGUCAAGACGCCAAAGGAGCUAGAAGAAGGCGGACAAAAAGGACAGGCUCACGCCCCAGCCGCCGAAAGGCUCACCCUCAUCGGCGUCGAAGACGAGCAAGACGUCCGCCCCACCGCCAUCGGGCGCGGCGUCGGGCGUUCGUCAGUCCCGCGCCCGCCCUCAUCUGCGUCUUCAUCGGUAUCUGGAUCUGGCGGCUCGGUGCGCAGCUCUGCGAAGGGCUCCAACUCCCUGCGUUUGAAGAAUGUCUCCGGGGGUUCGAGUCCCAAGUCCCCUUCACCAUCUCCUCUUGGGCGCACCUCCUCCCGCAAGCUCGGCAAAUCCGCCCAUACACGGUAUACUUCGGCUCCCGUCGAGUUCCCUUCCCCGGACUCUAGCUUCGACAGCUUCGAUGCCGACGAUGUUGAGUUCAUGCUCGGAUCUUCCUUUUCGCCCACCGCCCCCACCCCUUCUAUCCCUAGAACGCGAUUGCGAGUCAACGACGCCAGCGAUCCGCACACUCCAAUUCGUGGUGGUCUCCCCUCCCGCGCUAACCUUUCGUACGUAUCUCCCGCACCACCAUCGUCUUCGACGGAAAAUUCGCCAUUCUUGCGACCGAGGCUCAAGGUUGCAGGCAACGACCGCGGCUCGAUCCUCUCAUGGGAGCAGCUUGCGAAGCACAGCAAGCUCGACGAUGAAGAGGUCGAACGGAUGAUCUCAGAGAUGCCCGCGCCUUUCCGCCCAGGCGCAAUCUCCCCCGCUCUCAGCACCAUCGACCUUCCGGAUAGUCCAACCAUCAGCGCGAUGCCCUCACCCACAGGGUAUGGCUCGAUCUCACAGGUCCUACUUCCUGACGUUACCCCCUCGCCCGCCAUGCACAACACUGCCCACCUCUUCGACGUGAAGCCCGAGACCCCGACUCACACCGACGGCGCGGCGCUCACCCUCCUGCGCCUUCAGCUCGCCGCGGCCGAGCAGCGCGCGCAGGAUCGCCUCCAGCAGAUGCAGGCGCUCGAGGAGCAGCUACAUGCUUCUAAGGUCGCGCGUGCGCAAGACGCCGAGGACCUCUCGAAGCAGAUAUCGGAGCUUGAGCAGCAGGUGCACAGCAAUCUGCUCAUCGAGUCGCAGCGUUCGGAGCAGAUCGCCGUACUCGAGGACAUGCUCCGCGACGCGCAGGACGCGCAGGAUGCGGCCGCCAAAGCGGCCGCGCGCAAGGCAAAGGACGCGAUGGGCGCCGGCCGUGAGGCGGAGCAGCGCGCGAAGCAGGUACAGGCGCGUGCAGGGCUCGCGCUUGCGGCGAAGGAUGUGGGCGCGGCGUGGGGCGAGGUGCGGCAUGCGGCGGAAGGCGAGCUGGAGCUCGUGCGGCAGAACAAGGACAUGCUAGCGGUGCUUCUUCUCAGCCUGGACCAGACGAUCACGCAGUUGAGCUGCGCGUGA